AUGUUCAAACUACCUGCGAUUAACCUUCUGGCUUGUGGUCAUGACAGCUGUACUGUCUCUUUAAGAGACCCGGAAACGGUUCCCUACUGUUUACGGCCAACCUGUUGUCCCUUCUGUCUAGUCUAUGCGGGCUGCAGCUCCUCGCCCUCCUUUUCUCCGCCAGCUGUCAUCGCUGAUGUAUGUGUGGUGAUCUCGCUGCUGCUGUGGUGUCUGUGUGUGGAGAUGAAACUGCACAGCGUGCUGCUCGCUGGCUGCAUGAACUGCAGCAGGAUAUAUUAUCCUCCAUUGCGUGGGAACGUUUAUCUGAAGCGCCUUUUCAGUUCUGUCCUUUUUCCGCCCUCUGGGUCGAGUGGGAUCCGAACCGCCGUCCCGUCCACAGCUAAUAUAGCACCGAAGUACUCUGUGCCACAUGGGAAUAGAAAACUGGGCUCGUGCAACGGGACUUUCAGCAGCGUCGGUUCAGACGCGGUCUGCGGGUCAAGAUGUCACCAGGCUGCUGCAGUUAGAAAGGAGACGCUGCUCCAACCAAGUGUCCCGAGGCCAGUGACCUUUAUCCGCUCCAGAGUGACGGACGUCUCCAGUGGUUCUCCAGUUUUUGUAGUGAUGAAUUUUGACCAAGAGGGAAAUGUGACAUCAUUCGAGAAGAAGAAAACCGAGCUUUUCCAGGAGCUAAGUCUUCAGGCCAGAGACCUUCGCUUUCAGCACAGCACCAGCUUAAUAGCUAGAAACAAUUGCAUCAUCCUACGGAUGGAGUCUUUGAAAGCCAUCGUGACCCCGCACUCCCUGUUGGUGUUGGACUUCCGGGGUUUGGGAUUGGAACAUUGGUUGGUACUGGAACUGGCCCCUCAGCUAGCAUCACAGUCGCACUCUCUGCCCUUUGAGUUCAGAGCACUGGACGCCAUCCUGCAGCACAAGGUAAACACUCUACGAGCUCGGCUGAAUGUUGUCGAACCAGCGAUGUUGGACACAUUGGAAUCCCUGGUGGAUCCUAAAAUCCUUUCCGCUGAUAGAAGUAAACUACAUGUACUGCUGCAGAACAGCAAGAGUUUAUCAGAGCUGGAGACUGACAUUAAAGUCUUUAAGGAAACCCUGCUUAAGAUUUUGGAUGAGGACGAGAUCAUUGAAGAACUCUGUCUCACCAAGUGGACCGACCCAAGAGUUUUUGAGGAGAGCAGUUUGGGUAUUGACCAUGCUGAGGAGAUGGAACUGUUAUUGGAUAAUUAUUAUAUGCAGGCUGAGGAGCUGGGGAACAAGACCAGAGAGCUGAAAGGGCUGAUAGACGACUCUGAGAGUGUCAUCUUUAUUAAUCUGGACAGCCAUCGGAACGUGAUGAUGCGCCUGAGUCUGCAACUGUCGAUGGGCUCCUUCUCCCUUUCCUUAUUCGGUCUCAUCGGGGUGGCCUUUGGGAUGAAUUUGGAGUCGUCCUUCGAAGAAGACGCCCGCAUUUUCUGGCUGGUAACAGGCUUCAUGUUCUUGGGCAGCGGGAUGAUAUGGAGACGACUGCUGUCAUUUCUAGGACGACAUCUGGAGCCUUCAGUGGCCCCUCUUAUCCCUCAAGUUUGGAAGAGAAAUCUGAAAGCAUCAGACAUGAAGACGGGAGUCAGAUGAUGUUCUACCUCCAGUCUGUGAAAUGCAACAGACCUCCUCCAGACUGCAGCUUUAGGGAUGCUUGUUUUAUCCCCCCGGACCUCUUAGGUUCUAUACAAUGGCCUUAUUGUUGUACUCCGCCAUGUCUUUGGCAGAGGUUGAGACUGCAUUCAAAUGUGUGGGGACUCCACUGUCUUAUGUGUGCGUUUGUGUCUCCUACGUUUCUGGUGCUAUGUUGCCAGUAUUUUAAACGUGAUACUUGAUGAGAUGUCUUCAUAUCUCACUAUAUGGAUGGCAUUGGCACAGUAUUACUUUGUCAUCUGUGGUUUUGGAGCUGGAUGCCUUGGCAGCAUUGGAACUGACAACCCAACUAAUGAUAACUAUGCACUGGAUAAUCUCAACCUGCUGUCAGUGUCAACAUAACUGAGGAAAAGCAGUGACACAGGACACAUUUUCAGGCACAAAGUCUGAGCAGCCUAAGCAAUUAUUAUCUUUAAAACGCAUAUUGACAGUUUUGAUUUUAUAUUGUGCCUCACUUUGUUACUGUGAGUGUCUCCAAAUUACAUGUAAUCAAAGGCUCGGAACCUUCAAGAGUAUGAUUUAAAGUUAUUGACCUUAUCCUGUUUGCAUGAAAGCUAUUAGUCAAAAUGUUCAAGGCACAUUAUACAUGUUGACAGCCCAUGCUUGAUUUCUAACCUGGGUUUCAAGAUCCCCUCAAGAAGUGGCCAAAUACAUCAGAGUGCUCUUGAGAUAUAUAUAUAUAUAUAUAUAUAUAUAUAUAUAUAUAUAUAUAUAUAUAUAUAUAUAUAUAUUUCACCUUUUUGGCUAAACUGGUCAAAGCUGAUUUGGCUUCAUUUUCAAGCCUAUUGUUGGAAAGCCCAGCUCAAUCCUUCUCCUUUUGUAUCUCUGAAUUCUAUUUAAUGCCUAUAAAAAUAAUCUGUAUUCUUGGAAUUUUGUGUCACUUUUCUUAACCACAUUGAGUCACAGUGGAUCUAACUGAGCUUUUCUGACAUGGGAAAACAACAAAAACAGUCUUCAACGCCAAAAUCAAAUGACUAACAAAAGCAUCCUGAGCAGUUACAUCUUUGACUUUGAUGUCUAGAAGUGUCAGAAAAUAAUUACACCCACUGAAGAAGUUUUAAAAAUAAAUAAUUUUAAUUAUUGUA